UGGUGUCAACUUGUUAACAAGUGGUCAAAGCCGGAGGACCAGGAAAGGGCUGCAAAAAAUUCUGCCAAUGCCAAGAAACAAACUUGUCCUCACACAAUGGGUCGUGUGAGUUCAGUUCGAAGACAGAAGGAAACGUCUAUUACGGACAGAUUACAAUUAUGGAAAAUUAAUAGGAUGCAUAAAGAUGGGACAUGGUCAUCUGAUGACGCUAUGCAGCGAUGGGCGCAAGCAUGCAAUCUUCUUGCCCAAGAAGGGCUUACACCUGAAGAAGGAAAUAUUGAAGCUAAUGAGAGAGUUUUUGCUAUAGUUAUGGGACCAGAACAUUCAGGUAGAGUUCGUACCCAGGGAUUUGGUGUUACGCCUACUAGAUUCUUUCCUCAAAGCAAAAAUGAAGAAGGUAGUGGUAGCGGUAGCAGUUUUGGACAGAUAGCUAGUCUUAGAGAGGAGUUCAUAUCAUUUCGUGAUAAUCAGGCGAGAGAAUUUGCCUCUUUUCGUGAUGAGAUGAGACAGUUUAUGCAAGAAACGCAAAGGAAUCAUCCACCCCAUGGAGGAUCAGAAAUGGGUGGAAAUGACAAUUUAUCUGAUGCCUGACAGUCUGCUGAUGAGCACUGGUAUUAGAUGUGAUGCUUUUGGUGAUGUAGACAUUUUAUGUAAUUUCGAACUUUUGUUAUUUUGAUUUUGAAAUGUAAUAUUGUUAUUUUGUGCUCAUUUCCUUGUGUUAUAAAUCAUCGACUAUGUAUAGAACAUUUUGUAUUUUGUUUGAUAAUGGUAGAAAAGUUAUGUUCUUAAA